UUAUCCUUCCUUCCUUCGUCUUCAACAAACGAUAUCUCUCACUUUUAAUUGAAGAACUAUUACACCGAUUUUCUCCACAAACCACUGCUCUAACCGCCCCGACUUCAACCCCCUCAACCCCCUCAACCCCCUCAACCCCACCAUGACCUCACCGUCGGAAACAAACAACAAUCUAGAUGACAUCUUCGGCUCCUCCCCACCCCACGAAGAGCAUGUUCGCACAGUCAACACAAAUCCCAACGCGGACCUCUCAGAACUCCCCUCCCUUCGCCGUCAACACGUCACCGCCGGCUACCGCGACGGUGUGUCAGCAUCCAAGGGCGAACAUGUCCAAGCCGGCUUCGACGCGGGCUUCCCCAUCGGCGCACAGCUGGGUAUGCGGGCUGGAACAGUACUGGGGAUUCUCGAAGGCUUACUCCGCGGGUAUGAGAGUCGCACAGCGUCGGCUGUUGUGAAGAAGCCCGGCGCACGGGGUGGGGCAAGUUCAACACCGACAGAGAGCGAGGAAGAAGUCAAGGCACGGCUAGAAAAGCGGGAGAAGAUCUUAAAGCUCUACCAAUCAGCCGUGAAGGACCUGGAUGUCCAAGCAGUGUUCGCGGGGCUGGAUGGGACGAAUGACGGGUUAAAGCCUGAGGAGAAGUUAAGGGCACUUGGGGACGCGGCCGUGUCACCCUGGGAGGGUAAGGUACAUGUCGCGGAGUGGGAGGCGAACAUGGACGCGCUUGAGCCGAAGAAUAUGGACGCGGAGAAGGGGCAGGAAGGGGAGGGACGCAGCUAAUGUUGGGAAUCUCUUUCUGCAUUGAGCUCCCGUUGACUUUUCUUUGUCUUUCCCUUGUUCCGACCGCUGACAGGGCCAAAUCCCUAUUUCGUGGCGAGGGUGUCUCACCUGGGCUUUCGUCCCUUGCGGUUGGGAGGGAGAUUUUCCCUGG